AUGAACGAUCUGUUGCCCCGCGCAGCGAAUACCUGCACCGGGAGCAAGCAGUGGUAUGUAUGCACUGCAGGCAACUUUCGUGGAUGCUGCUCCAGCGACCCAUGUACGAGCGGCGUUUGUCCAGACUAUGAUGAAGACGAUGCUUCGAAUACUUCGACUCCCGAGUCUACUGCAUCUGUAGCGGGGUUGGCAGCAGUCACAGCGAACAUUGGGAUUCCACUCCUCUCAUCGGCAACGACAUCCUCAUCGACCACCUCGGUGGCUGAUUCGUCUGCUUCCUCGCCAAUACCAGUAAUAGUAUCAAUGUCAGCCCUAUCUACCAGUUCAGACACGACCACAACUUCAGAGGCACAGGCUGCAUCAGGUACUUCCGCGGCUACAGCGACGGCUACGACAUCAACGACAUUCGAAGCCACCCGUGUCACAGCAUUGUCCUCUGCACUAGGCGUCAGUCAUAUAAGCACCGCAACACCAUCAUCAGAGUCCAGCAAUUCAGGAACCAAAUCCAACCGGGGCGCCUUAAUCGGUGGGGUGGUGGGAGGAGUGGCAGGCUUGAUCAUCUGUGCCAUUUUGCUGUUCUGCUGCUACCGUCGCAGAAAAAGACAAAGCAAACAUGAGAAACGCUCGUCUAACAUAUCAUGGUAUCCAUAUGGAGCAGCCCGAUACCGCUACAGCCCAAAGAGGUCAUCAAACACCAAGGUGUUAUCACCAUCUGACAGUGAAGGAUACACAGCAACUGCCUCAACAACAACCUCCCAAUCAGAAAACAGAAGACCAAGUGACACACCUCUAGCAAUGAGAAUGGGCACAAGCCAUAGCCACAACUCCUCGUCAACAAACCUAAUCCCCAACCCCCUGAGACUAAAGUCAUCCACGAACUCCCCAAUCCCCUUCUCAGCCGAACUAGCAGCCCAAGUCCCAAUGCCCCUUCCCCACCGGCAGGGCUUCACAUCCACCCCCGAAUUACCAGAUACAAGUCUCUACCGACUGCGAUGUGAACUAGCAUCACAUUCCCAGAGCGAGCUGAUCAACGUCCCAAUUGACCAGCGCUGGCGACAAACCGGCCCUUCGAAUGUGAAUUCAACCGGGAAUCGGGGUGGAAAGGGUAUGCCGAGGGCACGGGAAUCCACGUCGUCGAUUCCUCUGGCUUACACAUCUGGUGGAGCGACCCAUGAUCCCAGCUAUCUUGGCAGAGGAAGUGGAAGUGGAAAUGGAAGUGGGACUAAGAGCGAGAACGAGGGUGGAAGCCCGAUCAGACAGCCUGUCGGACGAGUGAUUACCGCCGACGGUGUCGUCCUCGGUGCUAAUCUGGAUCGGUAUUCUAGUGGGAUGGAGAUUGGGCGGGCGUUGGAGCGGGGACGGGAUGUUGGGCCCGAGUGUGAUGAUCAUGUUAUGAGUUUUAUGCAUUAUGGCAAUGGGAAUGGGGCGAGGGUUGGCGGGGAAAUUGAGAUGCGGGAGACGGUUCAUGGGCGUGGGAGGCUGGAUGGUGGUUCUAGGGAGGGACUGAGAUCUCAGACUGUAAUUGCGGCCUUGGAGGAUGAUAUUCAGGUUGAUGGGGCUGCUGAUGAGGAUGUUCCUCCUGCUUAUGAUGAGCGGGAUGGUGCUGCGGAUCCGGACAUUAAACCUCUUACCGGGGUAGAAAGGAGUGUCAGGGCUUGA